AUGGCGGCGCCCACCCCGACCACCGCCGCCACCACCCACCACCGCAUCCUCCUCCCGUCCCCGUCCCCGCGCGGCGCCCUCGCGCCCGCCUCCCUCCGCCUGCCCCUCCGCGCGCAGGCCCGCGCCCAGCGCGCGCGCCUCCCCGCGCCCCUCGCGGCCGCGGCGCCCGCGGCCUCGACCGCGUCCCCCGAGGCGCCGGCCUCGGGGGCCGUCCCGGGGAAGCCCACGGUGCUCGUGGCCGAGAAGCUCGGCGCCGCGGGGCUCGCGCUGCUGCGGGAGUUCGCCAACGUCGAUUGCUCCUACGGCCUCUCCCCCGAGGAGCUCCGCGCCAAGAUCUCGCUCUGCGACGCGCUCAUCGUCAGGUCCGGGACCAAGGUCGGCCGCGACGUCUUCGAGGCCUCCGGGGGCAGGCUCCGCGUCGUGGGCCGCGCGGGGGUCGGGAUCGACAACGUCGACCUCGCCGCCGCCACCGAGCACGGCUGCCUCGUCGUCAACGCGCCCACCGCCAACACCGUCGCCGCCGCGGAGCAUGGCAUCGCGCUGCUCACCGCCAUGGCGAGGAACAUCGCGCAGGCCGACGCGUCCCUCAAGGCUGGUAAAUGGAUGCGCAACAAGUAUGUUGGGGUAUCUCUUGUGGGAAAAACUCUUGCUAUUCUCGGAUUUGGAAAGGUUGGGUCAGAAGUUGCACGUCGCGCUAAAGGUUUAGGAAUGCACGUGGUUGCGCACGAUCCAUAUGCUUCAGCUGACCGGGCUCGUGCAAUUGGAGUUGAGCUAGUUAGCAUGGAGGAGGCCAUGACAACCGCUGACUUCAUCUCAUUGCACAUGCCUCUUACCCCUGCAACAAACAAGAUGCUCAACGAUGAGGCCUUCGCUAAGAUGAAGAAGGGUGUUCGCAUUAUUAAUGUUGCACGCGGUGGUGUCAUUGAUGAAGAAGCUCUAGUCAGGGCUCUUGAUUCAGGAAUAGUAGCACAGGCUGCUCUUGAUGUGUUCACUAAAGAGCCACCAGCACCUGAUAACAAGCUGGUGCUGCACGAGAAUGUUACUGUCACACCGCACCUGGGUGCCAGCACAGUGGAAGCACAGGAAGGAGUGGCUAUUGAGAUAGCUGAAGCUGUCAUUGGAGCUCUGAAAGGGGAGCUUGCAGCUUCCGCAGUCAAUGCUCCAAUGGUUCCUGCUGAGGUGCUGUCCGAGCUUGCACCUUUUGUUGUGCUUGCAGAAAAGCUUGGGCGCCUGGCUGUUCAGCUAGUGGCUGGUGGUGGUGGCAUCAAGUCUGUGAAGGUGACCUAUGCGUCUGCACGGGCUCCUGAUGAUCUUGACACAAGGCUUCUCCGUGCAAUGAUCACCAAGGGGUUGAUUGAACCAAUAUCCAGUGUUUUUGUCAACUUGGUAAAUGCUGAUUUCACUGCAAAGCAGAGGGGAAUUCGCAUCACCGAGGAGAGAAUCUUGCUGGAUGGCUCACCUGAGACGCCUAUUGAUUACAUUCAAGUUCAGAUUGCCAAUGUCGAGUCUAAAUUUCCCAGUGCCAUAUCCGAGACUGGAGAAAUCACUGUAGAGGGGAGGGUGAAGGAUGGUGUCCCUCAUCUAACAAAGGUUGGAGCAUUCCAGGUAGAUGUGAGCUUGGAAGGAAGCCUGAUCCUCUGCAGGCAGGUUGAUCAGCCUGGCAUGAUUGGGUCAGUAGGAAGUGUCCUGGGUGAGGAGAAUGUCAAUGUCAGUUUCAUGAGUGUCGGAAGAAUCGCUCCCCGCAAGCAUGCUGUCAUGGCAAUCGGGGUUGAUGAAGAACCAAGCAAGGGCACACUGACAAAGAUUGGGGAGAUUCCUGCAAUUGAAGAGUUUGUUUUCCUCAAGCUCUAGGCGCCAGAUGUAUGUUUGAAGUUGCAAGCAUGGUGUGCAAUUUUGAUGUAGCUAGCGAUCUAGAGGACGGAUGGUUCUCGUUGGAAUAAGCUUUGUAGGGGUAUUUUUGUAGUGGUGCUCUUGAAUUUGGUGCAGUACCGAUGCCUUCUUUUGAACGCGGUGUUUAUUAAUAAGAAGCUCUCUUCUCAAUA